UACUGAACGCAUACACUCAUUCAUGUGUUUUAAAAUAAUUCACUAAAAGUAUUUUAAAAUCAAAGACUUAAAAUUUGCAAAUUUCUGAACUUAAAUACAAGGCAUUUUACGCGGGAAAAUGACGACAAAUGGCAAAGGGCUCCAUAACGGUGACACAGUGUCAAUAGAAGUUAAUAAGCGGGCGCAAGGGUUUGUGGCUAGAAUGGCAAGGAACUACCUAAGAGCAGUAAAGGACAGUCAGGAGCGAUCGACAGUGUCCGCUACUAAGUCUGGUCUGCCCAGACUGGAGUCAUUAGAGAGAGUGUCUCACAUUCCCAUAGUGGAGUCUGGCAUAGGUGUUACAGAAAAGAUUUAUUCAAGAAUACGGGAGUCAAACGCCCUUAUCCGCUGGUACUUCACCCUGGGUGAAAAAUCCCUAGGCAUCGGAGUUCAACUCGCGUUACCAGCUGUCCAACUGCUAGAGACUCCCAUCCACCAGCUGGAUAGAUUUCUCUGCAAAAGUCUUGAUGUUGUCGAAAAACAAAUACCCUCCAUAUAUCUACCACCUCAGGCCAUGUAUACAGAAACUCGUCGAUUCGUCAUACGACGCGCAGAUUCCGUCAAGCAGCUUGGUACAGCGGUGCUUGACUCCAGGGUGACAGCGGUCACUGCUACAGCCCUGGAUCGGGCUCUGACCACAGCUGACAAGUAUGUGGACAAGUACUUGCCACCUGAUCAACAGGAUGCUUCUGAUGUAGUGGUGAUCAUAGUGACAAGCGCGGAGUCUGUAGAGAGCGGCGACGGAUCUGGGCGGGCGAGGGCGGAGCAGGCUUUGCAGCAUGGCGCCAGAUUCGGGAGGAAACUGCAGCGACGACUUACCAGACAGGCUCUGGCAGAAGCCAAGGCUAUUAAGGAGCAGAUUCAUGUGCUGGUGUAUGUCGCUGAAUUGGUCGCCAAGGACCCAGCACUAGCCUGGAAAAAGGCUAAAGAGUUGUACGCUUCCCUCUCAAAAUCAGAACCGGAGAACCAAGCCAGGCCAGCCACCUUGGAAGAACUAGUGGUCCUUCUUGCCAGAGAAACCGCUCGGAAGGUGGUCCACCUGAUCAAUUACACACAUUCCGAUCUUCCAAAGAAUGUCCGCCAAGGUCUAUCAGUGGUAACUACUCACUUGUCAGCCGCCGCUGAUGCUCUUUUAAAGAAAACGCUCGUCGAAAACGCAAUCACUGAGGUGAAGAGUUGGAGCACCAAACUGACAACCCUUUUACAACAGCUACAGGAUUCUUCUAAAUCGUACCUUGAGCACUUGGCUAUGUUUUUGGCUGGCAAUGAAGAGCGAGAGAAAAUUACACCGCGCUCUGUGUUUCAGCAACGCGACGACUUGGCGGCAUUCAACGGUGUUAACUAGCGACAUGGGCAGCCAUUUUAUUGAAUUGACAUUAGUUUAUAUUCGUAAUUAUUGUUACCAAUUUGAUAUUGAAAUAUAUAAUCACCAAACCGAUUUCUUCAAUGGAAAUAAGUUAUAUCUUUAUUUAAUUUGAUUUAUUUUAUAAAAUUGUUAUGUAGUGUUAUGUUUGUUUUCUAAUGUAUUUUGAUUUAUUAUAACGAAUGUCCAAUUUUACAAAGUAAUUCCAAACUUCACUUUUUAUUAUUAUGUAAAAUACAAGUAAAGUAUAUUAUAUCCCAUCUGCUUUACCUAUUUAUUAUCUACUUUAGCCUAUUUUCGUAUUGCGAUAACAUAUUAUAAAGUUCGUAAGUAAAAUUUAAUUAUAUUAUUUUUAUUAAAAA